UCCCAGCGCACCCGAGCCGGCUCCGGGAGCCUGGCGCUGCCCGGCCGGAGCAUGUCCAGGAAGAAAACCCUCAGGAGCAAGGGGGGGAGCAGCUCCUCGCCCUCCUCCGCGCUGCCCCCCGCCAAGGAGAACGGCCAAGCCGGCGGGGCGGCGACGGCCAGAGCCAAGGGGGGCAGCAGCCGCCCCCGCCCAGAGCUGCCCCUCAACGGGGCGGUGCUGCCCAGCCGGCCCCCCCUGAGCAGCAGCGGGGAGUUCUACGACGUGGCCUUCAAGGUGAUGUUGGUUGGUGACUCUGGGGUUGGCAAAACCUGCCUUCUGGUGCGGUUUAAAGAUGGCGCUUUCCUGGCCGGCAGCUUCAUUUCUACGGUUGGAAUUGACUUCAGG